AUGUCCUCGGAGAAUCAGGAAGUAACACCGUCUGAGUCAGUGUGUGAGGGUGGUCACACAGCAGAUGCACCCGUGUCACACGGCUCUUUAGCAGACAUACGCAGGCAAGCCGAAGCGAUACAAGCCCACAUCAAAGCUCAUUACGAUCCACUCAUCCAAGCAGUAGAAGACUCGAUCAAGAAUCUGAAAAGCUUACCCCUUGAGCUUCAGACACUAGAUUUCUUCUGGAGAUCUGAUCAGUACCAGCGGAAGCUCCGAGAUCUAGUCGAGGGGAAAAGUAAUGCCUUGUAUACUGCAUGGGAAGAGUAUGUAUCGGCUUUACCUCGUUUGCUGAAGCAUCCGGCAUGA